AUGGCCAUCUCAGACAUCCAUUCCUUGAACCGGAAAGAAGUGCUCGAUAUCCUCGCGCAAAUCACCCGCAUCGAGAAGAAGACAUUCCCGGCAAACGAGGCAUUGCCAUUUGGCGAAGAACUCUGGAAAAGGAAACCCAAUACACGGGUUUUGUAUAUGACCCGAAGGGCUGCUUCACCAGCAGUAGCAGCAGCAACAGGAGGUGCACGCUCACAACCCCAUGGCAAUGUGCGUUCACCCGUGAUCGCUUACGCAGUCUACGUCCGACAGAAAGGAACCGCUUUUCUUCACAAGGUGUGUGUUGCUGAACCCUACCGCAGGCAGGGUUUGGGGCAAAAGCUUAUGGAUUAUAUUCGGCAACGCCUUGAAAGGGAGGGAUGCCAGUAUGUCCAGUUGUGGGUGGAUAAGGCCAGAAUACCGGCUCGGGCGCUUUAUGCUCGCUGUGGCUAUGACGAUCGCGAAGAAGUCCUUGAUUACUAUGCCCCUGGGCGGACUGGCGUGAGGAUGGUACUUGAUCUGUGCAGUGGUGGUUGA